AUGGCACCAUCUCCCCCACAUGCACCGGUAACGCUAUCCCGCCCGACGACCUGGAAUUUCGAUAUCGAUCGGUAUCUGAAUCCGUUUGUGCCAGCACCACGAUGGCAUCUCAUACCAAGACCGAUUGCACAUAUGCUUGGAUACCGGGACAAACCUCCCAAACCAAUAGGCAAUAUCUUGAUCGCGUUGUGGUCGAUAGUUGGGGCGUUUUGUGGCGUGGCCUUGGUGGCAUCUGUUUCGAAACGGGUUCCUUCUUUUGAAGCGCGUGAUGCGACGGCGAUUGUUGGCAGUUUUGGUGCAGCGGCAGUUAUUGAAUUCGGAGCGAUCGAGUCGCCUUUCGCACAACCACGUAAUGCAAUCCUGAGCCAGGUCAUUGCCUGUUUCUUUGGUGUCGGGAUAUCGAAGUUGUUCGCCUUAGAUCCUCGUGCUGAAGCGUAUACUGAGCUUGGGGGUGCUCUUGCUUGUGCUCUUACCACGGCCGUCAUGCUUCUCACCAAUACUACACACCCGCCGGCGGGUGCAACUGCUCUCCUGGCAGUGACACACUCUGAGACUGUUGCUUUGGGCUGGUUUCUGUUCCCAGUCAUGUUGCUUGGAGUCAUGCUUAUGCAGGCUGCGGCUGUGGUAAUCAACAAUAUCCAGCGUCGGUAUCCGUUGUACUGGUGGACGUCACAUCCUCUAUCGCCAUCUCGAGGGAAUAUUGAAAAUGCUACCCACAAGGAAACAACUAGUGUUCCUAGUCAUUAUGAGGAUAGUCUGACUGAUGCCCCUCGUCGGUUGAUUGUAGAACAUGGUGAUAUUUCGGUGCCUAAUGGGAUAUUGCUUUCGGCGGAGGAGCAAGAAGUGUUGCUGAAGAUUAGUGAAAGACUUUAA